UAUUGAACCAAUUCUCAGCAUCCUGGAUAGGUAGAUACCAUUUUUAAAUAAAUUAAAAGCACAAAGAAUCAAGCAUUGUUAUAUCGAAUUACCUAAUAGAACGUUGAACUCAGAACUGUGCUCUCUUGUUUAUUCGUUUGAAAUUGAGAUAGCCUAAUACGAUUAAAAAUGAAUAUUUUAGUAAAAGUGUUGAUUUUCGCCUGUUUGACAUUUUCAGUGGCUUCGGCUGAAUAUAGCAGACAACAAAGAAACGCAUACGCUGAGGAAUGCAAGAAAGAAUUGAACGUUACAGAUGAGGAUUUUGCUAUUUUGAAAUCGAGGGAUGCGCCUAAAAAUGAUGCCCAAAGUUGCCUUUUGGAAUGUCUCUACAAAAAAUUAGGAUUGGUUAAAGAUGGAAAAUUAGACAAAGACGUGCAUACGACCAUAGCCAAGGCAAUUUAUGGAGAAGAUAAAGAAAAAUUAUCGAAAAUGGACGAAAUAUACGAGAAAUGCUCGCAAGAAGCUUUCAAAAACACCGGUGAAAAAUGCAGCAUUGGAAAAAACUUGAGGUCCUGCGUAGGAACUAAUUUUAAACAGUAUGAAAAUUUGUUGAAACCGCAGCAUUCGAAGCCUAAAGCUCCCCAAUCUUAAAACUCAAGCGCUUGAAUUUAUUUUAAAAUAAUUUAUUCAUAAUCCGGACUUAUGAAUUUAAUAUUUUUUGAGGUGUUCAUCUCGAUGUAUUUUUGUUACCGUUUUCUAAUUUAUCUUAAUAAAUAAGUUGAAAUUAUUAA